AUGUCCGAUGAGCGAGCAGAAGCAGAAUUUCACGAAAAGUCCCCAAAUGAGCCCAAUGGCCAUCAUCCUGAUGUCGAACAUUCGAACUCCCACCAGGGAGAUCUCGCUCGAGCGAUCACCAACCAGUCGGCAAUAGAAAAGCCAAAGAGCUUGCUGAGAGAGUCCAUAUUCAUUGGCGUGGUUUGCGCUGCUCAAUUUAUGACACAGGCAGGUCUUGCCAUUGCGAUUGUACCCAUUCACAUCAUUGGCGAUAGUUUCCACAUCACCAAUCCCGGGCAAUUAAGUUGGUACGCAGCCGCGUACAGUUUAACGGUCGGUACCUUCAUUCUCAUUGCAGGAAGACUAGGGGACCUCUAUGGGCAUCGGCUUAUGUUCAUCGGUGGCUUCGCUUGGUUUGGGCUAUGGUCCCUUCUCGGGGGGUUUUCCGUAUGGUCGAACCAAAUAUUCUUUGAUAUUUGUCGUGCGUUUCAAGGUAUUGGGCCGGCUUUCUUGCUACCAAAUGCCCUGGCUAUACUGGGACGCACUUACCCCCCUGGCCCUCGAAAGGAUAUGGUUUUUAGUAUCUUUGGAGCGACCGCUCCAGGAGGAUUUGCUGUUGGGGGUGUGUUCUCAGCUCUCCUGGCCGAGCGCGCCUGGUGGCCGUGGGGCUACUGGAUCAUGGGAAUUGUUUGCAUUGCCUUUUCGGUCAUUGGAUUUCUGAUCAUUCCCAAAUCACCGUCUCCGAAAAUUUUGGAACAAACGCCAUGGUGGGUCAAAUGUGAUCUACUAGGGGGUUUACUCGGCAUUGCUGCCCUUAUUCUCAUUAAUUUCGCCUGGAACCAAGGGCCAAGUGCCGGCUGGUCGACUGUCUAUGUUUAUGUUCUUUUGAUCGUCGGAUUCCUAUGUCUAGCUCUAUUCUUGUGGAUCGAGUUACACGCAAUCUGCCCCUUACUGCCUCGGGAGAUUUUCUCCGAGGAUGUUGCGUGGGUACUAGGCUGUAUAGCUGCUGGCUGGUCCAGCUUUGGAAUUGUGGUCUUUUAUUACUUCCAAUUCAUGGAAGUGAUCAAGGGAGAAGCACCGCUUCUUGUGCUUGCGAAGUGGGCACCGUCGGCUGUGUCGGGCGCAAUCGCUGCAGUGACCACUGGGUUUAUUCUCGCCCACUUGCGUCCCAGUGUGAUCAUGUUAAUCGCCAUGCUUGCAUUUACGGGUGGUCAAAUCCUCUUGGCCACGCUGCCUGUUCACCAAACAUACUGGGCCCAGACAUUUGUCCUUUCUAUCUUGACUCCAUGGGGGAUGGACAUGUCUUUUCCAUCCGGAACACUUAUCCUCAGCAAUAACAUGCCACGGGAGCAUCAAGGUCUUGCUGCCUCGCUCGUCAACACCAUUGUCAACUAUUCCAUCUCGAUCGGACUUGGGCUUGCUGGAACUGUCGAAAGCCAAGUUAACCGCGGCGGCACAGACACAUUAAGAGGCUACCGGGGUGCAAGCUACAUGGGCAUUGGCCUCGCCGGUCUGGGAGUUGGCGUUGCGAUUAUGUUCGUCAUUCGAAGCUUGACUCGGCGUGACAAGACCCACUCCCAAAACACAGCGGAUAAUUCGAACAUGGAAGAAGGCUUAUGA